CCUCCUCACCCGUCAAGUUCGGACAGGUAACCGUGACCUACCUUCGGACCACGCCCUCCACCGCGCCGCCGCGCACAGUGAACAUGCAGCUGGGUGCGAGCUGCGCGCUCCUAGGACUCCUGUUUUUGACGGCCUUCGACUCAUCAGAAUGCCUACAGACGGUGGUCCGACCGGACAACGGCUCAAUGGUGACGAUCUCCACACUGCUGUUGGAUCAAUGUGCUGUUUGCACAGUCAGCGGGGUGAAUGACACACUGAUAUCCUGCCACCCCUCUCUGCAUCUGGUACCUGAGGAGGAGGUCAAACUGCUGUUCAACUGCUCCCAGCCGAUAGAGGCUUUCACUGUGACGAUCGCUCGGACCAUUGAGUGCACGAAGGACGCCUGCAGCCCGACAACGGUAGAAACUCGACCCUCCAUCCUCACAGAGUUCAGCCGAACCUUCACCUGGGAGCUGAAGGCACCGGAGAACACGCUCGUGGGUCUGGACAUCCUUGGAGAUGGGCUGAUGGAGACGUCACAACCGUGCCCUGAUGGAUCUCAGUAUUCGCUGACCACAUCCAAGACGAGUACCAAGGACCAGACUCAGUAUUGUCGAGGUGGUUCUGAGACGCGAUUAGAAGCGCCCAAUGGAGCUGUUGUGUCUCUGCAAGUUAAACCAAACUUCGAAUCGGUGUUGUUCCAGACCUCAGCUGGUCCUCUGAAGGGCCCACCAAUGGUUGUAACCGUCGAUUCAAGCACGACUGUGGUCGUCAGCCGGGAUCCCGAGGAGCCAGAAUGUGAAGUUUGCUCUGUUGAUGGCUCCGCUCGCGACUGUAGCCCCACAGAAAAGACACUGACGAACGUUGAAAAUCUCUCGCUGGAGUUCAGCUGCCUGAAUCCUCAGGAUGUGUACAGCGUGACGAUGAAGAAGAAAAUAGAAUGCACCCAGAGCUCCUGCACUCCUGCUACAGGAAGAAUUGAUCCAGACUACUUCAAGGACUUCAAAAGAUCCGUAACAUGGGACAUUAGUGUACCACAGAGGACUGUAUUAACUCUGGACUUCCCUGGUGGAUUAAAGGAGAUGUCUGGAGCAGAAAAGUGCCAGGAUGGACACCAGUACUCUGUGAGCACAACUAAAAGUGAAGGAAAUAUUAAAACGACCAGCUACUGUAAGGGUGGGACGGUGUCUCAUCAUUUGGAUCUGCCCGGAGCGACGACUGUGUCCGCUGAGGUGCCCAAAGGAAGUGAAGUGGACUCAUUCACUGUCAAAGCAGCACGGAGAGGUGGCAGAAUGAUGUCCGUGAUGCCCGAUCCGGACACCAUCAUUGCCAUCAGCAGGGAGACCAGCGAGCCGGACUGCAGUGUGUGUAUGAACAAGGAGCCCGAUCAGAUAUGCAAACCAACACAUCUCACCCUGAAUAGCAACACCUCAGUAGAGUUCACCUGUCCUCAACCUCAGGAUGUUUUCACUGUGGAGAUCAACAGAGAAAUUGACUGCACAGAGGUCUCCUGCUCUGGAAACAUCGUUCAGGCCGAGUCCUUACUGUUCCCAGACUUCAACCGGACCUUCACCUGGGAUCUGAAAGUUGUCGCCACUCGGGCUUUCCAACUGGACUUCCCAGAACCGGGAAUGCGACAGAUUCCUGACGAGGAGACCUGUCCAGAUGAGCACACGUACUCCAUUAUUGCCUAUCUGCGCACGGGGCCAGCAAUCAUUGGUACCUUUUGCAAAGGGGGAACUGUGACCACCAUCCUGGCUCGCUACAGGGGCCGAAUAGCUCUGCAGGUACCUGGCGACAGGAAGCUGGAUCCCGUUGACUUCAAACUCAAGGUUGGACCCGAGACCAGCAUGGUUGCCAUACUGAAAGUCAACCUACCACGAGGCGUGUCCGACACAGACUUCAUCACAGCCAACUAUCCCGCCGAUUUCCCUGACAACCAGCAGAUGCAGUGGGACUUCACGGUGCCCGGCAUGCAUAACUACACGGUGCAUUUUCGCGAUCACACAGCUCCAGAGUGCCUCAGCAAUGAGGUGCAGGUGGAGUACCAGAAAGGGAACAAGAAGGUGAACAAGCUGACUCUGACGGAUUCUCAGCCGCAGCAUGGGCAGGGCAACUUCAACAUGGUGCUGAGGAAUUGUGAAACCAACAGGACGCUACAGGGUCUCACCUUGAACUACAGAGUCUCUGUAAUGAGGAGUGGGCAUCCAGUCCUAUGUACGGUGGAUCUUAAUGAACACAAAGGACUGUCGCUGCAGAUAGAGAGAGUGGGUUCUGAACCCUUCUGUGAGAUGAGCGUUAACUCUAAGAUUGAAAAGAAGAUCAGCGUGGCUGCUGGCACACAGGCCAGCCUGUCCUUCCUCGACUGUCCAAAUGAAGAUGUGCGCCUGACUGCCAGUAAAGUUAUUGAGUGCCAAAACAGGACGUCCUGCUCUGCGACUCAGCUCACUGUGCCCAAACUGGUCUCCUGUCUACCGAUGCCCCUCCACAGCUUCACCUGGCACCUCAGAAUCCCUCAGGACAGCACCGUGGACCUGGUGUCUCCCACAGGGAGUCUCAAACAGUCCCUGCCCGGCCAGGAGUGUAAUCAGUCCCUCUCUCUGCAUGUGGCAGAGGGCGACGGGUUUCCUGUUGGAGAUUUCUGCUUCAACGGAAUGAUCCAGAAAGUUCAGGUGCAUGCCAACGUCUCCGUCACAGCCACAGUCCCGGACUUCAGCAAGAUCAGGAAGCCUUUCCUCAACGUCGGCGUCAGUCAAGAGAUCACAGAGACCAUUAUUAACAGAGUCAGCCCAGUGGCGUCGUCUCCGAACCUGCUGGCAACCCCCAACUGGCCUCUGGGUAUGAGGCCUUCGUCCACCGUAUCCUGGAUCGUCACUGUUCCGAGCCAGUACGAGGCGCAUGUGCACUUUGUCAACGUCAGCCAACCCAAAUGCAAGGACAGGCACACCUCCAUCACGGUGAAGAUGCUGGGGGACGAGGAGGAGAUGAUGAGCCGCAGGGAGGACGAGCAGUCGGAGGACAAGUUGACAGUGCCACGUAGUUUUUAUCUCAACAUGUCCAACUGUAUACCAGAGGAGAGAGGCUUUAGUGCACUGACCAACAUCGUUCUGCAGAAGAAGAGCUAUCUCCUGCCCAUCCUCCUCGGGUUAGCAGGAGCUCUUUUGUUGUUGCUCACAGUGCUGGCUGUUGUGUGCUUCAUCAUAAAGAAAAAGAAAAGGGACAAAAUGGCCAAGGAGGCAUCCAUCUACAUUGGCAAAGGGAACAUCUUCCGCCCAAGUGACGCGCACUUCAGCAAAAUCCGGUCUGAUAACGAUUCCCACGUCUACGACUCCAUAGAUGAGGCGAGGGUUUACGGCCACCUGCUGGCUGACUCCAGCUACGCCGACAGUAUGCCGGACCACUUCACCGGCGGGCCGGUCGACACUUACAAUACAUUUACAGGCCCCACUGAUCCAGGGCUGCCUGUAAUCAAAGAACCGGACUAUGAGCCUGAGCUGGACGGGUUCAAGAUGUUCCUGGACCCGUCCGAGUCUUUCCUCCCGCCCCGUCCGCGCACUCCCAUCGACCGGCAGGACAGCCUCGGCUUCCAGGACCGCAGGAUGUUGGACAAUGCCCUGUACACGUUCAAGAGCACAGGAGAUAUGAACACGAUCCGGCUCUCUGGUGUUGAUAUGGAGCCACAGUCGCCUACUAUACUGGAGGACUCCUUGUAGUGUGUCAGGACUGUAGCUGCACAAUGGGCCGCUGUUACUAAAUUCUCUCUACAGCGCCGAAGAUCUCCGGACGAUACUGAUGUGAACUUCUGUGCCUCGAUCGCACUCAGGGAAUCUGAGAUCGAUGAGCUCCUGAAUGUGAUGUGUGCGUUGUCUUUGUCUGAACUAAAACUCAAGAGUCCAAGCUAUGAUCCUUUUUCUUUAAAGGAACCGUGUGAAGCAUUCGGGGGGGCUCUAUUGUCAGAAAUUGAAUUGAAUAUUAAUAAGUAUGUUUUCUUUAAUUGUAUUGUCCCCUGAAAAUAAGAAUCUCUUACACGCUUGGCACACAAGGGGAGGUUUCAUUCUGCAGCCUCACCGCUAGAUGACGCCAAAUCCUACACACUGCUCUUUUAAAGGAAGUUUGGGAAAUGCCUUUUCACUUUCUUGCCUAGAGUUAGAUGAGAAGAUUGAUUCCAUUCUCACCUUUUUGUAUUCGAAAUAAGAAGUUGCAUGUUAGCUUAGCAUAAAGACUAAAAACGAGGGGAAACAGCUAGCUGGCUCUGUCUAAAGGUAAAAAAAAUCCA